AGGAGGUGAGUCUCACAACCAUCGAGCACCGUGAUCGCCUUGGAUUUCUCAAAUACAAGGCCUACGGUACCACGCGAACAUGCAUUUCUCUUCGUCUGUUUGGCUGUCGCUCCUGCUUCCAGCCUUGGAAGCUACCGCUCAAGCGGUCCCCAAGCAUAACUAUACAUGUGCGAGCUUCAUGGUCAAGGUUCCAGUGAACAAUGCGACGGUGGUGGUCCCUCCGAUUCCAGAUUUCCCAGAUCAAUAUGCUGCCACGGCAUUUGCGAAUCAAAUCACACUUCGGACGGCCACUACUCCGGACCUCAACCUAACUACACUGACAAAGACCUUCAACAUCAGCGCAGAGUAUUGUACUCCAGCCAAGCCAGGUCCCAAGGCUUCGACCUUGCACAUUCUCACACACGGUCUGGGGUUCAACCGGAGCUACUGGGACUUCUAUCUACCCGCAAAGCCCAAUGACGCUCAGUACUCUUAUAUCAACAGCGCCACGGGUGCCGGAUACAGCACGCUUUCUUGGAACCGCCUAGGCAUUGUGCCCUCCACCAUUGCUGACCCAUUUACGGAGAUUCAAAGCCUUGUUGAGAGUGCCGUGCUCGUCAGUCUCACGACGCUCGCCCGAGCAGGGAAUAUCUCCCAAGUCCCCGUGCCACAAAAGGUCAUCCACGUCGGCCACAGCUUCGGCAGCGAGUUGAGCGCGUCGCUCGCCUCGGUCGCACCAGACCUCACCGACGGCGUGGUGCUGACCGGCUACUCCGCCAUUAGCAAUUACAGCACCUUGUUUGUGGCCAACUCGGCGCUGCACUUUGCAAACGUGAACCAACCCAAACGCUUCCCGCCGAGCACUUACUCCUCCGGCUUUCUCACCUGGCCCGACAAAUACGGCAACCAAUAUUCCUUUUUCGAGUAUCCGUACUUUGAUCCCGCAGUCCUCGACCGCGCGGAGGCGACGAAAUUCCCAUUCACCUUUGGUGAAUUCCUCACCAUGGCCGCCUUGCCCCUGAGCGCGCCAAACUUCAAGGGCCCGGUGCUUUAUCUCGGAUCUGAGGCGGACUUGAUCUUCUGCGCUUCGAACUGCACGGGGCUGUUCGGUCCCGACAGCGCUGCCGUGCAGUCGUUCAGUGGGAGCAGCAGCGUCGAGACGUACCUUCAACCGCACGCGGGCCAUGGGCUGAACCUGCAUCACAAUGCCACGGGCGCGUAUAAUGUGAUUCUCGACUGGGCCAACAGACACGGAUUGUGAAGUGAUGGCAACGAAGAAACCAUCAGUAGAUAGGCCAAUGCCUAUACAGGGGGGUCCUCCAAGUUCUAUAAUCAAGACGGAUGCCUAUCUCCCUUUUGCUGAGUUCUAGGUGUUAGGUGCAGUCCUAGCCAGCUGGAUGACCAAUUGACGAACUAUUGUAGUCCAUGUUUGUAUGUCAUUUGAAAUGUGGCUGCCGUCAGUCUGUUAUUCCUGCAAAGAUUCCCA